AUGAAGUCGGCUCCAGAGAGUGUGGGUUUGGCAUGGACAGGCAUACGGCUGUGCCUGCACUCGGUGGAGGAUGACUUUGCAACUUUCAACCUCUUCAGUGGGGCUGCUGCGGACAUCAUUGGCAUUCUCAUAUCGUGCCGUGUAUACGGGAAGAUGUAUGGGGGACAUAAAGGGCCAGAGGAUUUCCAAGAGCUACACAGAAAGGUCGUGGAGUACAUACCGGGCAUAUACACGGACAUCUUGAAUUUCAGCUACGCGAUGAACAAGCACAUGGGGAGAAACACAGGCUGUGAGCCAAGUCCCUACUCCAGGACGAACCCGUACUCAUGA